AUGCCAGAACAGUAUCGUCAAUACUUCCUACCUAUCGCACCAACGCCGAUGAUAGGUGACAGACGGUCGGUAACUCUUGAGGAAGAUCCAGAAGCCAUAUUCUUGGGGAAAUCACUUCUAUACCUGGAGUUGAAUGUGGUCAUAUUUCCGCGAAAGCUCAUGGGAUACAUCGGAAGAGUUACGACCGAAGGCCAGAAGCUCAUCCACCGUGAAUUUUAUGACCUAUGCAAUCGGAUUCGGCAGAUUCAAGAGCUCUCCCAAAAUAAGUCAUCCCAACCAGCGAAAGAAGUUUCUGAUCUCAAGGCCAAAGGGGCACAAAAUCGUGAGGCCACUGUCAAAAGCCCUGCCAGUGUCAAAAGCCCUGGUGUAUCUUCAAAGCCGGAUCCAGACUCUCCAACCGAUAUCAACCACCCAGUGCAAAACGCCUAUAGUCCGCGUCGGGGAGGGCGGAGAGGCAAGACCUCAAAACACAAUGGGGGAUUGUCCACAAACCCACAGAAACGAGAUAUUCCUGUGAGCGAAUCACUCCUCACAGAAGAUGAUCUUAGCGCAGCUUUAUCCGGUCUAGAGCUUGUUAGCACCAGCAGCAGCGAUCCCUCCAAUUCGUCGCAACGUGUUAGCAACGAUGAUAUCGUACUUGAGACUCGGGUCGAUAAUAGGCAACGCCAAUCACUUCAGCCUGGCCCCUCUAUUAGAAAGAGAACUCGUAGACCACGUAGAAAUGACGCCCAAUGGCGUAGUACGGAUACGAUCAAAUCCCCAAGAUGA